GUUGCCGCUGCAAAUGGUAUGGCCCCCGGACAGGUGACAAAGAAUGCCCUUUCUUUAUCAAAGAGAACCAAAAGUUAAAACAGUUCAGAGUGCACAUGAAGAUCCCAUGUACGACAUCAUUCGGGAGAAUAAAAGACAUGAGAAGGACGUGAGGAUCCAGCAGCUGAAACAGCUCCUGGCAGACUCCACCUCAGAGGAGGACGGGAGCAGCUCUGAGUCCUCGGAGGGUAGAGAGAAACACAAGAAGAAGAAGAAGCACAAGAAAAGAAAGAAGGAAAAGAAGAAAAAGAAGUGGAAGCAGAAGUCUUCCAAGCCAAGUGAAAGUUCAGACUCGGAGUGAAGGGGACGCCUGGCCGAGCACCUCAGCCCCAGCACUGCGGCAGAUCCAGUGGCCGGGAGGGGACAUCGGGUCUGUAGGGACGCUUACCACGAACUGAAGGACGCUCUGCUGUUCUCCAGCGCCAGGCCUCCGCUAUGUCGCGCAGGAGAGCUCCUCAUGUUCAGUGCCUGAGACCCCUUUGCAGCCUCCAUAGGCAGCAACUGGACCAGGGCCCACCGUGGCCUUGUGAGCCCAGAGUGCGCCCCCUAGUGGAGAGGCUCGGUCCCACGGCUUCAGAUCUGGCUGUCUUAUGUUAGGGACAAUAAAAGCUUGUGAUUUAUUUUUCAAACGUA